GUAUUCAUCAGGACAUUAGCCUAUCCUCCUUGGAUAUUUGACUCUGAAGAAAUAGCCUCUGUCGAGGUCAUUUACAGAGAUGUUAAAAAAAAGGCAAAUGAAUUCAGUGGGGGUGUCAGUGAUGAAGAUGACAGCGAUGACAGUGACAGUGAUGCCACAAGUAAUCAUGGCUAUGCGAGGCGUGAUAUCAUCGGCAGAGUACCUCAUUCCUCUGCAACGCCAAAAAUAUUCAUGCCGUACUCAGUUACAAAUAGCACACGUGAUGACAGCAGCAGCCAGGUGAGUGAAAAUCCAGACACUGACCCAGAAGAUUUUGAAGAGCCCGAGAUGGACAUCAAAGAAGGCAAAGACACAGGUAGAGAGUUACUUAAUCCUUUCUCUGAGGUGAAUUGUAACUACUCUUCUACACGAAGGAACAGUGCCUGCUUUACCAUUAACUUAAAAACUGUGCAGUUGGGAGCUUCCGAAGAGAACGUGGAUAGUUCUACAGAUCUCCUCUCUUCCCAAGAAGAUGCAGUUGACUGGCAGUGUACUCAUGUUUUUGAAGCAAAACUGGAUGACACAGAAAGUGUGCAGAAACCAGGCUGUCCGAACGGCUCUCACGAAUGGCAACAUUCCCCUCGUUCUUCCGAUGAAAGUGACUCGUCCGAUUCAGAUGUGGACCAAAAUACUGAAUACAUAAGAAGAUGA